CGGGCUGGGCGCGGGGGGAGCGCCCGGAGCGCGGCCGGCGGUGGAAGUUGUUCGCGCAGUUAUAAUUAGCCCGGCCGGGGUCUGAGCGAGCCGGGCGGAGGAAGGGGGAGGAGUGUAACUUUUCGCAGCUCGGGAAGCCCAAGGUUGUCUCUGGUUACCGCUGCCCACGGCCCGGCGGGGGGGCGGGACGCCCGCAGGAAGCACCGGCGCUCCUUCCACAAAGGCCAAAUGGUGGCAGGAGCCGCGGGAGCGCGGCAGGAAAGGGCUUUCCCUGAAUCCCAGCGGCUCCAUCCUGGCGCUCCUGAUCGCUGCCGCUUGGUAGUUGCGACUUAAUGUAUCAGCUGCAGUUACCUUUAUAAUAGCAGGUUUUGUUUGGCUUAGGGAACGUGUGUUAGUCUGGGCUACGAGCAGGUGGAUGGGGCUGGAGGAGCGUAAGAUGGGUCUUUAUGCAUAUUGCAGAUUAAGCUCGCAAAUAGGUGCAGUUAAUAAUUUCUGCCCUAGUUAGGCCUGGAAUUUUUCGAGCUGCGUUGGAAUGCUCGUUUCUGAAAGCAUAGGUAGGAGCCUUAUGCAGUAGUUUUCCACUUUAUUUUUGAUGUGGCUAAAAUUCCAUAGUUCAGGCACUUAACUGCAGUGUGGGAAAUACCAUUAACAUUGAAAUGAUGCUGUAAUCUCAAAAUUCUAAAGUGACCCCCAAACACAUACUAGGGAGGGAAGACAAAAAGUAAUCCACUAGAGAUAUUCAUAGUGGUUUGCAGCUACUCUGUGUCUUCUAUAGUUGUUUUUUUUUUCCUAACAGAUUGUAAAAACUAAACCUAAUAGCGUUACUUCUGUACUUCUUCCUGACACUCAACACAGUGUGAAAUCAUACAGGGCAAAAGUCAAAACCUCCACAGUUACUUCUGCAGGAAUCCUUUGAAGUAUCUAAUAAAGAAAUUAAAUUUGAAAACUUCUUGACUUCAUCUCCUUCUAGCAAAAUGUUGGACUUCUAAAACACAAGUAACAGUACUAUUUUUUUAUCCAGUGGUUCUAAUUUUGUUGGGUUCGGGUUUUUUUACCUAAGGUACUAAAAUCUAAAACUUCGUAACAUUUUACUAUGCUUGUUAGCUUUGUGCAGUUGUUUUAGCAUUAAAGAAUCCUAAAACUCUAAAACAUGUGUUUUUAUAUUCAGUGUAUAGAAAAUGCUGUGCCUGCACACAUCUCCCUGUGACCUAACAAGUAUAUUUUAAUGAUGCUCGAUAGUGACCAUCUGAAGUCUGCUGUUUCAGAGCAAAUAGUCGCAUCAUCCUACCUCUGUGGAUGGCUUGGCCUCUGGGAUAGUUCAAGACUCUUGGAUGAGCACGCUUUAUGCAAAAUCCAGAAUCUUCCUGCCUGGACUCCUUUCUGUUUUCUAAGGGUUCAUGUUGGGGAGAGGCCUAAAGCGCAAGCUGAGUGACUAUGAGGAGAGCAUGGCUGGUCUCUCGAGUGCCUUUGAUUCCAGUCGAAGUCUGCCCUACCCACUCAAGAGGCAGCUGGUGCUCAACAUGUGCCUCACCAAGUUACAGACGUACAAAAUGCUGGUGGAGCCCAACCUGCACCGCUCCGUCCUCAUCGCCAACACCGUGCGGCAGAUUCAGGAGGAGAUGAGACAGGAGAGCAGCCAGCAGCCAGUGAACAUCUGCCCUGGCAUUGCUCCUGCUUCUCACAGCUACACAGGGAUGGAGUCACCUGGGAUUCCCCUUCAGUUGCCUUCAGGUGUUGGUCAGCAAGAGUCUCACUGCUGUGACCUGCGGUCUGUAGAAGACCCGAUUGAAAACAGCCUGCUGAUCGUUUCAGACGACGACAUGUCAUCUGCUAUUUCGUCUAUUCUGAAGGAUUUAGACUUUGUAGAAGAUAUAAGCCCACCUACUUGUCUGGUUCCUACUGGAGAUGACCAGCCAAAGUUUCCAGAAAAUACUGGUCUGAAACUAGAAGAUGACAGACAGGAUUUGAAGGGAGCUGAAUGUGUGUUUGGUUCCUUUGAGAUUUCAAAUUCAACCAGUUACUUGAAGGAUUUGGCAAUAGAUGACAUUUUUGAAGAUAUUGACACUUCAAUGUAUGAUUCAGACUUCUGUUGCCCUCCCCUGAUGCCGCCCAGAUCACCAUCUCUUGCUACAGAAGAACCAUUGAAAACCUUCCCAUCUUGUAAUUCUUCUUCAGCAAACAACAUUCAGAUAUGUAGAACAGAUCUGAGUGAGUUGGACCACAUCAUGGAGAUUCUCGUUGGAUCCUGAUACUUGUUUUACCCAAAGAUACUUUUAAACUGCCACUUUCAUUUGGUUUCAGGAUAAAAGCCACUGGAAUAGUUGUAAAGAAUUCUUUAAAAAACAAACUAAAUAAUAAUUUGUCCAUAGUAGGAUUUUCUAAAUAAUUCCAAAACUUAUAAACCAAAAAAGUGGCAGAUUUUUUUAAAAAAAAUAAUUAUUUAUCAGAACUGUGCAAUCAUCAUUUUCCUUCCAGGGUGUAUGUGGAACAAUGGGCACAUACCCUCAUCACCCCUCAUGCCUCUUUCAAUAAACUUUUUUAUGUGCAAUUUUUAAUUUGACAGAAGAAUUUACAUGCAAAGCAAAUUUCAUAUGAGGUGAUCUUUUACAAUGCCUCCACUUUAUUUUUAAUAUCAGAGUUUAUGCCAAGCUGGCAUCUGUCAAGUUGCAAGAGUUAGAUUGUGUGGAUUGCAGACACGUUACUAGAGAUGGGUAUAUUUUAAAAAUGAGACACGCUUUGCUUUCUUUUCGUCAGAAAAGCAGAUCAAGACACUUACCAACAAAGUCUCUUGCAUUUUCUAAAGCAUUCAGAACUAUUUAUUUUUGUAAAUUUUAUAGUCUUUCUACAUUUUACUACGUUAUUUCAUCAUAGUUCAAAUAUAAUGGACUUCUAGUUGGAUGUGUUUAGCACUACCUCUGAGCUGAAAUGCUUUAACUCUUUCCAGUGCUUCAUCUGAGACUGCAAAUCUUUUUGUUUCUGUUUCUUUCUGGGGGAAAGUAUUUCUAACUCAUUAAGUUGAUCCUUUGACAGUGACCUAGCUGAUUUGUGAAAUCAAGGGUAUUCAAUGUUUAAAAACGUUUAAGUAUUUACAAAUUAAUUUAUAUGUAGAUUGUGCAAUUUAACAUUUUUCUGUCAGUAUUAUGUGCUUAGAUUUUGAAUAAUCUUGGCGUUCUUUAAAUUAAAACUUAUUAUGUACAGGUAGCUUUUUAUUCUCUUUUGGAAAACACUGUCCUUCAACCCUGCUUUCACUACAAAUUUUAAGAUGAUUUUUAUGUGCAAUAUUAUUUAAAAAGAUAAACAUUUGUAUACCUGGCAUUGUGGGAAGAAACGCUUCAAACUUAAAACCUCUAGCACCUUUGGAGGAUACUCAGUCAACAUUUCUGCGUCCUUUCAGAAGCCAAGCUGAGAACAGAGACCACAUCACCCACUGCUGUGACAGCCCCUGGAGCUGCCAGGGCCGUGCCCAGUCAGUGCUGCUGGCUCUGUCCCUCCCAGGGGCUGGGGCCACCUGGGCUUUGGGACCUUGGAGCUGCUGUCCUGGGUGGGGCAGAGCUGUUUUUAUACAGAUACACAAACACCCUGCUCAGCUGGAGAUGAGAUUUGCAGUGAGAACUGUUUUUCCAUCAGGCAGUUUGGGUUCUGUGUUUCAGCCUGGACCGAGGUCUAGAUCAAUCCCUGCUAUCGUCUUCUGAGUUUCACACUUGCACAUUGCUUUUUGGUUUGGGUUCUGUUAUUUUUUUUCCUCCUUUUUUAAUUAUAAAACUUUGACUUUGUUCUUGAAAGCUGCAGCACCUGUCUUGGAAACUUGCAGUUGUAAAAUCUUUGCUUUGGUUUGUUGUAUUUUUUGGUUUUUUGUUGUUCUGCUGAGACUUUUUAUGAAGGGAGCGUCGGCAGAGGGAAAAAAUGUUGUCUGUGUGUUGCAUCUCACAGAAGUUGAAAUCCUGGCCCUGUUGAAGGGGCCAGGGUGUCACCUGGUAUUUCUAGUCUUAACUGAUGCUGUGGCACACCUGCCUUGUGCAGAGAUCUCCAUUUUUUACUGUGACUCUCUUGGUUAACAGUUAGCUGCCGACAUAAUUUGGUGUCCCAGGCCAAUGGAGAACCAUUUCAGGUCACAUCCUCGCAGCCAUCUGGGUUGUUCAGCAGCCCAAGGGUAUAAAUGUAUUUAUAUGCAUAUAUUGUAUUGAUUCUAAUAUAAAACUUCUGAUCUAAAGCAUUUUGAAUUGCUGGAUAAAGGGAUUUGUUUGAAGAGUGUAUAACUAGUUCUUGAAGAGGUACAGCUUCAGAAUGUACACAGAUUGUGCAUUGUGUAUAGACUACUCUGGCUUUUCCUCAGCCUCUACUUUUGUAUUAAAAAUAUGACUGAAUAAAUCCUUGAAAUAUUAAGGGCCUUCUGCACUGUGAUGAAACAGAGAUGCGGUUAAAAAUGUCUUUAAAUUCAGUGAUGAGGGAUAAAAUGAAAAGACUGUGUCUAAUCUCUUUUUGCAUUUGAAAAUACGGAAUGUUACUAUGCAGUAAAGAUAUUUUGAUAUGAAAAUUGUAUCAUAUAGCAAAUAGUGAACACUUAAUAAAUCCACUUACCCUGCAGUCUCUACAGAAACAGAAGACAACUUUUCAUCAUUUAUGUACUAAAGUUUUUUGUAUACUGCAGCAAAAGAUUUAAUUGUUGGUAGAUCUUUUAUCAACAAUUCAAAAUGCAAUUUUUGUACAAGUCCUGCUACAGAGCUCUGUUUCUAAUUGGUUGCUUGUGUCACAGUGCCAAGACCAUGAACUGGUGUGUAAUGCAGUUCGGUUAUGUUUGGAAUUAUGUGCAAAGGGAAGUUUAAUUUUUAAAUAUGCACAAACUAAUUUUAAAAUCCUUCCAUGUAAAAUGAAGUUAGAGGCUAGUUGUGGUGGACCUAUUUAUUGUAUGUUUGGAAAUAAAAGCCACAGUUUUGCAUUUAAACCAGUUAUA